AUCCCAACAUCAAAAGCCCCUCAGCUCAUAGGGUUUGCAGUGAGAUGAGUUGAUCCAUUUACUUCUGGGUAUUAUUGUCUGUCUAAACAUCGUUUAACCUCCAAAGUACCUGAAGAUACCACCGGUGAUCAAACAAUUUCCUAAUCAGUAAAACUAUCUCGUUCCCUCUGCUGGAUUUAUGAGCUCCUAGACUUUAUGUGGAUUUGCAUUGGUGGAGACCAGAUCCAGUGGAUUCCAGGGAGUGAUGCGAGCUAUUGGCAUAUUUCUUCAUGUAUUUAUCUACGACGUCAGUGAGCAAUCAGAAAUCAAUAAUUCCGAUUUCUUAAUGAACUCAAUUGUGGUCAGUUGACGAGUCUCUAUUCGAGCUUAUGAUUAUUACUAUUUCGAUUGAGGUUGGGCUAAAAGUGUUCUCGAAUGUUAUCUGAAUUGUUGUUCAUUUAAUUGUUUAAUCUGCAAAGUUGUGUCGUUUUAGGGUCCGGAAACAGCUGCUACAAUCGCCUUUCCAUCGGUUGAGGUUACAGAUGAGAGUGAAGAGCUUAGGCGAGGAGUUUAUGAGCUAGAGAGAAUGCAGACGAUGAUCACUUCGAUAUUUCUGAUACUCUAAUGCCAGAUCAGAGGACAAUCGACCUUGGACAGACUUCACAGACUUUUUUCAGAUGGUUUUCAAGUUAGGGAUUCGAAGAAUGAUGAAUGUAUGGCAUAUAAGUAGAUAAUGAUAGUGUUACGUCACAGAUAGACAGGAAAUAUGAUUGUGUUCGAGAUUAAAACACUUCAGGCUUCCUAUAGAUGAGAGUGAUUAGAUUAAUCGAUGAGAGCUCUGGGGCAGAGAGUUUGUUAAUCAGAGAGAAUACAGACGAUGAUCACGUCAUUAUUUCUGAUACUCUAAUGUCAGAUCAGAGGACAAUCGACCUUGGACAGACUUCACAGGCUUUCUUCAGAUGGUUUUCAAGUUAGGGACUCGAAGGACGAUAACUAACAAGAUAUGUUAAUGGUUUUAAGUCCCAGACAAACAGGAAAUAGAUUUUGUUUGAGAGGAAAACACUUCAGGCUUCUUAUAGAUGAAAAUGAUGAACUUAAUCAACGAGAAUUCUGAGGAAGUGCAGUUGUAGGAGAUUCGACGAGCUGUCACGUAAUUUUUCCCGGAAGUUCCGCAAUUUUUAUCUGAAUCGACAGGAAAAAAUGACGAUAUUGUCACGUGAAAUUUCCCAGUCAUAAUCGUAAACGAUGAGGAAACUGCGAGUUCCGUAAUUUCUCCUGAAUAUUUCUCUCAGUGUGCACUGUAAGAAGCCGAGUUUAUAAGACCUUUGCAACGUUGGAGUACAUGAACACAAAUAACUAACUCGUAACGAUUUUGUCAGUCCGUCGGAGGUAGUGGGGCCAAAAGAGAAUUGUGCAAUCGUCAGAGGUCUCGAGUCUCUGACACCCGUUAGUUAAUAUCAUUCAGUCGGAAAUCAUUGACCGAGUGCGAGAAGUAUUAGCAUCGCCAGCUAAUUGAAUUUACCAACCAAAUUAAAUGAAAGUGCCUGAUUAGUCUACCCCUAAGACAAUCUCAAAGUGACCGACGAAGAUGAGGGUGAAAAUUCCCCUGAUUUUUAUUCACUUUCUGCUGCUGCCGAUCAUCACUCCAUCAUCAUCAGACGCACCAGCGAAGAAGUUGAAGGUUCUCGCUGUGUUUUCUCAUCCGGGAAAGAGCCACUUCGACGUAUUCAAACCCCUCCUGGAGGAGCUGGCCCAUCGUGGCCACCACCUGACAGUCGUCUCCUACUUUCCCAGGACCAACUCAUCACGUCUUCCAAAUUAUGAUGACAUCGAUCUGGGUGCCGUCGACGUCUUCUUGGAUGUCGUGGACCUGAAGCAGAUUAAGCACUCGACCUUGACGAUUUUCUACGAGUUCAUGCUGCUCCGUCAGUGGGGAUUGGACCACUGUCAGAAGAAUUUGGGGAAUGAGAAUUUGCAGAGGCUCGUGAAAUCGAAUGCAGAGUUCGAUGUCAUUAUCACGGAGGUGUUCAACAGCGAUUGCUUCCUGGGGUUUGUUCAUCGAUUCAAGGCCCCGUUCAUCGGUUUAUCAUCUCAUGUACUAUUUCCGUGGGCGAAUGAACGAAUAUCUAACGAACAAAACCCCAGUUAUGUGCCAGCAAUUUUGGUGGGAUUUGAACCGAAAAUGAAUUUUAUGCAGCGAAUGGGGAAUUAUCUGAUCCCGAAGGUCUUCAACUUCGGUUUUGAGGUACUCUACAAUCGUCCAAUGCAGAAGAUGGUGGAAAAAGUGUUUGGGCCCGAUGUACCGAGACUUCGGGAUAUCGCGAAGAAUAUGUCAGCGAUUCUGGUGAACACACAUCAUUCAUUGCAUUGGGCCAAACCACAUUUGCCGAAUGUUGUGGAGAUCGGGGGUCUUCAUCUGUCGAAGAAGAGGGAGUCCAUUCCAGAGGACAUUCAGCGGUUUCUGGAUGACGCCGAGGAAGGGGUGUUGUUCUUCAGCUGGGGAUCCAUGAUCAAGGCCAGCUCGAUGGACCAGGAUACCCUGAGGGAGAUCCUCAAGGUCCUCAGGAGCGUUCCCUGGAAGGUCCUUUGGAAAUGGGAGGAUGAGUUUCUGCCGGGAAAACCUGAUAACGUUAUGAUUAAAAAAUGGCUACCUCAGGCCGCUAUUCUUGGUCAUCCCAAUGUAAAGUGCUAUCUUGCUCAUGGAGGUCUCCUCGGUGUAAGUGAGGCUGCCAGUGCUGGAGUUCCAAUGGUCAUUGUCCCCAUGUAUGGAGAUCAAUUUAACAAUGCAGCAGCAGCAAGAAGUCGAGGUGUCGCAAUUGUUCUCAAGUGGAGUAAUUUCAAUGCUGAAAGUUUGAAAUCUGCCAUUGAAAAUGUAUUCAAUGACCCAAGUUAUAUGACGAACGCAAAGGCACUCCAGAGGAGUUGGCAUGACCGUCCGAUGUCACCGCUGGAGAUGUCUGUCUGGUGGACCGAAUACGUUGCACGAGGACAUGGCAAUAAGUUCCUGAAAACUGCAGCAGCUGAUCUUGCCUGGUAUCAGUUAGAGCACUUGGAUGUAAUCGCUUUCCUACUUGUUACUAUUUUCAUUGUAGCGAGUGUAUUGUACAAACUAGUGAAAAUGAUCAUCAGGAAGAUGUUCGUGUCAGAGAAGAAACGGCAGAGUAAAUCUUCGAAGAAAGAAAAUUGAGUUCUUGAGUUCGAAUUCUGAAAUGAAUCGCCAAAUUUUUCGAUCAAUUCUUAAUUGAGACAUUUUGCAUGAAUAAUGAGUAAUUAUGUUAUCGUAACUCGUCAUUCAUUGACUAAUAUUCAUGAGAAAAGUUGAAGAACCUUAAAGAUGAAUAGAAAUCUAUUUUCUAACGUCAAUCUAUUGCAGACUAAUGUUUGACAAAUUCAUAUUUGUCCGGCCAAAAAAUGGAAAAACUCUUCCUAAAUACAGGAAUAAUUUUCAAAGAAUCUAAAGAUGUAUUUUAAUUAUUUAUUGAAAACUGGUAAAUAUCGUUUUUAUAAAAUAAAGAUUGUACAACAUUUCUUUCGUCUAAUAUUUCACAAGACAAUAAAUUAACAACUGGUGUAAUUAAUUUCUACAAAAGGAGA